UAUUGCCGUGUAAAGAUUUCACGUCAACAUUUAAAAAAAAACAAAACUAUAAACAAUUUAGAAUAAAUAUUUUAAUUGUUCCAUCGUGAUUGUAAAUUACAUACCUUUAGACAAUCCAUCAGUUUCUAAAAUGAGCGAGUUGUAGCACUCUGCACUGGGAUUAGAAAAUUCGAAUAAUUGGGACAUGCAUAAUUUUCCUAUCAUUAAUUGUAGUUCGAAUUAUUAAUUUUAAGAAGGCGACCGCUUCACAAUGGCUGCUGAUGAUACAUCUAUCGAUGCGGAUUUUGAUGAGUUUCAAGACGCUUGCGAUGUUUCGCCAGUGCCCGAAGGAAUGACAUUUGAAAAAUCAAUGGAGGAAGCGCAGCUAGCUAUCAAUUAUUUCUUUAAUAAUCAAUUUGAGGAAGCUAUCGAGCUCAUGAGACCAUUUGCGAAUUCAAGCCUUUAUCAUUCAAUCGGUUAUUCCGUAUUUGUGUACUUAGAAGCACUGUUAACAUUCGAGCAUCAGGCGGUUGUUCGAGCUGUGGAGCAGCUCAAAAAGUGUAUCGCUGUUUGUAAUCGUUUUAGACGUAAAAACACAAUCACCGAAUCAUUCGGGAAAAUGGUCAAAAAGGUUAAUUACGAGCAGUAUACGGAUGUUGAGGCGCAUGCCGAACUCUGUUAUGCUGAAUGCUUAUUGUUGCGAUCGAUGUUGAGCUUUAUGGAGGAUGAAACUUUGAGCAGUUUGAUUAAAGCUGGGUUUAAAAUACGUUCUUGUUACGGAUCUUACAAAGAAUGCCAAAAUAUUUUGAUAAAUCGUGAUUGGCAGAAUUGUGCAACAAAACCGCAUUUUGAAGGUGGUGUUCGCAUGGGCAUAGGUGCUUUUAACUUAAUGAUAUCUUUGUUACCAUCGAGAAUCAUUAAACUAUUAGAAUUUAUCGGUUUUUCUGGAAAUAAAGAACUGGGAUUGCAAGACUUGGAAAAGGGGUAUAGAAUGGGCGGUCUUAGAAAAAUUUUGUGCGUAAUGACGCUGCUUGGAUAUAAUUCAAUUGUUCUUCAAGUACUUAGCCAUGGUGAAGGCGAUCUUGCCAUUUGUGAAGACAUUUUAGAUAAUUUUCUUAAGAUGCAUCCGGAUGGAGUUUGGUUUUUGUUCUUUAAAGGACGAUUAGAGUUUAUGAAGGCUAACAUUGACGAGUGUAUCGGAUGGUACACCAGAGCAUGGAAAUCUCAAGAGAAAUGGCCACAAUUUCACCAUAUGUGUUUCUGGGAGUUAACUUGGGUUCAUUGUAUGAGAACGCAGUGGAAAGAGGCGUUAGUCUAUGCAACUCAUUUACUAGAAGGGAGUCGCUGGUCUCGUACCAUUUACAGCUAUCAAAAGGCGGUUCUAUUAUACAUGAUGAGGGGAGAGUUAAGUGUUUCUGAUCGUAUGGUGACCGAUAAUUUGAUGAAAGAGCUUCCUAAUUAUAAACAACGUAUUGCCGGAAAAUCAUUGCCAAUGGAAAAAUUUGUCAUUAAGAAAUCUGAGAGAUAUUUUAGUCAAAAUCAAACGCUUGUCCUUCCCGUGUUGGAAUUAAUGUAUUUGUGGAAUCUAUUUAAAGUGUUAGGUAAACAAUUUACAUUAGCGGAAAAUGUGUUUAAAUUAAUUGAGAAGGCAGAAAGCGAAUUGACCAAUUUUAAAGUACGAAAAUAUCAUGCUGACAAUACAGCUUUAGUACUACUUUUGAAAGGUGCAUGUCUUAGACAAAUGAAUAGCCCAUUGCAAGCUCUAGAAUGCUUGGAAAAUGCAAUCUCGAUGCUUAAAGAUAUCCAAGAAGAUCAUUAUAUUGUUCCAUACGCCAUUGUCGAAUUAGCAUUGAUUGAAUGGGAGCAGAAUAAUAGAGAGAAAGCAAUUGCCGCUUUGGAGGAUGCAAAGAAAAAUUACACCGGGUAUUCUUUGGAGUCUAGGUUACACUUCAGAAUACAUACAGCAUUAACAGCAUUUAAAAGCUAUGAAGCGGAACAUACAAAAUUAUAAAAGUUUUUUUGUUUUGCAGCCUAUUUUUGUACCUUUUUUUAAUUAUUUCUGUUGUCUAUGUUUUGAUUGUUGGAUGUAUUUCUUGUUAUUCGUAUUCAUUUCCUAAAGCAAAUCAAAGGCUGUGUUGCAUUUUUGUGUUGAUUGUACAAUGUUAUUCGUGGUAUAUUUUGUGGAGUAUUUGUAUAUCCUAAUAAAUGCUUAUGAUGUGAA